AUGUCUUCCUCAUCAAGUGAUGAAGUUGAUGAAGCUAUAGAAGAAAUGGUCGACCAAGUAGUUGAUAAUUACAUCGACUCAAUAGUUGAGGUUCAAGCCAACAAGCCGAAAAGACGAGCUUAUAUCGACAUAGAUCAGGAACAAGGACACAAUCAACUAUGGAAUGAUUAUUUCAAGGAAAAUCCUACAUACCCACCGGAAAUGUUUAGGAGGCGUUUUCGAAUGAACAAGCCAUUGUUCCUUCGCAAACGUAUAAGUAAUGAAGUUCCAUACUUUCAGCAAAGACGAAAUGCUCACGGAAGGAACGGGCUAUCUGCACUUCAAAAGUGUACGAAUUGUUUGGAGAUGAGUAUCUACGAAAACCUACUGUCGAGGAUCUUCAACGAUUACUCGAUGUUGGAGAGGUACGGGGGUUUCCGGGGAUGA